AUGGCCAAGGGUAACAAUCAGAUCGAGAAGCUUGCGGAGGCUCCCGUUGAAUUCAUCAAGGAUGGUAGCGCUUUCAUUCAAAAGUGUCAAAAACCCAACAGCAAAGAGUACUUGAAGAUCGUGAGAUCCGUUGGUAUUGGUUUCGUGGCCGUCGGUAUCAUUGGCUACGCCAUCAAGCUGGUUCACAUCCCAAUUAGAUACCUAAUUGUGUAA